CGUACUCUCCCUAAGAGAAGUUUCUCCUGAACGCCACACGGCUCAGGCUCUGCGGCUUUCCUCGCACUUUGUCGACACUCGUGCUCCAGGAGGACUCUCGUGCCAACUCUCGUGCUAACUUUUGGACCCCUUUCGGUUGCGUAAAGUCGACUAAAAGCCAGGAGAGAAGGAGUGUGGAGGGAUGAGCGCGAGACACACAGGAUGGAGAAGCGAGCGCCCCAUGAAGAAAAGUUUUCCAUCUUCAGUUGUGGGACAUCGGGCCGAGCCCUCCGCUGUGUCCCUGGAGACGAGAGAGACGGGUCCGGUCUCAGCAAAGCCCGGUUCAUGGAGAAGGUGCGGCAGAGCAACGAGGCGUGCCGGCGGGGGGACUUCCAGUCCGCCGUGAGUUUGUACACCGACGCCCUGCAGGCGGACCCCCAGAACUGCAUCCUGUACAGCAACCGGUCGGCGGCGCUUCUCAAACUGGGCCGGCACCGGGCGGCGCUGGACGACGCCGGAAAGGCCUGCCGGCUCAAUCCCAAGUGGCCCAAGGCAUACUUCCGACAGGGUGUUGCCCUUCAGUACCUUGGCCGCCAUGCCGACGCGCUGGCCGCCUUCGCCUCCGGGCUGGCCCAAGACCCCAAGAGCCUGCAGCUGCUGGUGGGCAUGGUAGAAGCCGCCAUGAAGUCGCCGUUACGAGAGUCUCUGGAGCCCACCUAUCAGCAGCUGCAAAAGAUGAAGCUGGACAAGAGUCCCUUUGUGGUGGUGUCUGUGAUUGGCCAGGAGCUGCUGACGGCGAGCCACCACACCGCCUCCGUCGUGGUGCUGGAGGCCGCUCUGAAGAUCGGCACCUGCAGCCUCAAGCUCCGCGGCUCGGUGUUCUCGGCCCUCAGCAGCGCCCACUGGUCCCUGGGCAACGCCGAGAAGAGCACCGGCUACAUGCAGCAGGACCUGGAGGUCGCCAAGACCUUAGGUGACCAAUCAGGGGAAUGCCGUGCUCAUGGGAAUCUGGGCUCGGCAUUCUUCUCCAAGGGAAACUACCGCGAAGCGCUGACCAACCACCGCAACCAGCUGGUUCUGGCCAUGAAGCUGAAGGACAGAGAGAGUCCACCAAACUACCGGUGUGACAGCCCCCCUAAAGACCUGAAGGCAUCCAUCGAGAAGGCAACAGGCCACAGUGGCAGGAAAAAAACUUCCUUUAGGCAGAAACCUGGUCAGACCAACACAGGCCCAGAACCCAGGCCCAGACCCAGGCCAGCCCAGACCCGGCCCGCCCAGGCCCAGACCCAGAUCCAGGCCCAGACCGGCCCGGUUCAAACCAGACCCAGACCCAGCCAGAACCACUCUUGGAAAGACCUGACUAUUAAAUCAGGGGGCAACAUGAAGGACAACAUAGGACACCAUGAGGACUUAACAAACGACACAUGA